CUCAGGGUCAUCCUGGGGUUGCUGGUCUGUUUGGUGCUCAGGUGAGAGUCUGCCUUUCCACUGCGAUCCGGACAGCCUGGAGGUGAGCACGCGCUGGGCCCUGGACCGUGAGCAGCGGGAGAAGUAUGAGCUGGUGGCUGCGUGCACAGUUCGCAGGGGCAUGCGCGAGGAGGAGGUGAUGGUGCCCUUCCCUGUGACCGUGUACGACGAGGACGACUCUGCGCCCACCUUCCUCGGGGGCGUCGACAGUGCCAGUGCGGUGGUGGAGUUCAAGCGGAAGGAGGGCACAGUGGUAGCCAUGUUACAUGUCUUCGAUGCAGACGUGGUGCCAGCCUCCGGGGAGCUCCUGAGACGGUACACGAACACGCUGCUCUCUGGGGAUGCCAAGGCCCUCCGGACCUUCCGAGUGGAGCACAUGCCCAAUGAGACCUUGGCUCAGGCCAACAGCAGCUUUGUGCGGGCAACCAUGCAUGACUACAGGCUGGUUCUCAACCGGAGCCUCCCCAUCUCGGAGAGCUGGGCUGUGCAGCUGGCCGUGCUGGUCAACGACUCAGACUUCCAGGGCCCGGGGGAGGGUGUCGUCCUCCUCCACUUCAAUGUGUCCGUGCUGCCCGUCAGCCUGCGCCUGCCCAGUGCCUACUCCUUCUCAGUGAGUCGGCGGGCCCACCGCUUUGCCCAGAUCGGGAAAGUCUGCGUGGAAAACUGCCAGGAGUUCAGCGGCAUCCAAGUGCAGUACAGGCUGCAGCCCUCCAGUGCCAACUGCAGCGCCUUGGGGAUGGUCACCUCGGCUGAGGACAGCUCGGGGACCCUGUUCGUGAAUGACACGGAGGCCUUGCAACAGCCCGAGUGUUCCCAGCUCCAGUACACAGUGGUGGCCACCGAGAAACCAACCCGCCAGCAAGCCCAGGCCCUGCUGCUCGUUACCGUGGAAGGGAUGUGUGAGUGCCCGGCUGCGGAAAGGAUCAGGGUGGACGGGGCGUGGCAGAGCCUCAGGCUGUUCCUGCAGAAGGGGGGCCAGUCUUUCUUCAGCAGGAAGGAUUCCAUUCGCACCAUCUAUACGUCCCUGCACAACGAGCUGAAGAAGGUGGUGACCAGCCGUGGUGCCUUCGGGGGGACCGCGCCCCACGUGGAGGAGCUCCUUUCGCACCUGUCAGAGCAGCUCUGCUUCUUCGUCCAGGCUCGCACAGAGAUCGCAGACUUCUAUGAGAAGAUGUAUACUCUGAGCACACAGAAGUUCAUCAAUGCCGAAGAGCUCGUUGGCCUUUUGGACACCAUCCUCAAGAAGUACAGCUCCAGUGCAGCCUGGAGAGGGUCCCAGCCUCAUCUGGUCUGGUCUGGCCUCUCUGAUGUGAGCCUGGCACAGCUCUGGGCCUGCCUGGCUCCUCUGGCCCUCACCAUCCUGGCUGCCCUGUACCUCGGGGAUGCCCUGCUGGUGGGGCUCUGGAUAACCAGGAACUUCUCCACCUGCUCCCCCAGCAUCAGGACCUGCCCCGAUGGACACUGUGAUGCCGUGGAGAGCAGAGACCCCAACAUCUGCCCCCAGGACUGCCUCCGGGGCGGCAGCAUCAUUGGUGGGCACGAACCUGGGGAGCGCCGGGGGAUUAAAGCUGGCUUCGGUAUCUGCAACUGCUUCCCUGAGGAGAAGAAGUGCUUCUGCGAGCUGGAGGAUAGCCAAGACGCCCUGUGUGAUGACUCCAGCCGCACAGUGAUCACGGCAGCCGUGCUCUUCUCCUUCAUCGUAUCUGUGCUGCUGUCCACCUUCUGCAUCCACCGCUACCACAAGAAUGCCCACAAGCCGCCCAUUGCCUCGGCUGAGAUGACCUUCCGUCGGCCCGCCCAAGCUUUCCCGGUCAGCUACUCCUCGUCUGGCGCCCACCGGCCCUCUCUGGACUCCAUGGAGAACCAGGUCUCGGUGGACACCUUCAAGAUCCCGAAGGAUCCCAAGUGGGAAUUCCCACGGAAGAACUUGGUGCUUGGAAAAACUCUGGGAGAAGGUGAAUUUGGAAAAGUGGUCAAGGCCACAGCCUUUCGGCUGAAAGGCAAAGCAGGGUACACGACUGUGGCUGUGAAGAUGCUGAAAGAGAAUGCCUCCCCAAGUGAGCUGCGGGACCUGCUAUCAGAGUUCAACCUCCUGAAGCAGGUCAACCACCCGCAAGUCAUCAAGCUGUACGGGGCCUGCAGCCAGGAUGGGCCACUGCUCCUCAUCGUGGAGUAUGCCAAGUACGGCUCCCUGCGGGGCUUCCUUCGAGAGAGCCGCAAGGCGGGACCUGGCUACGUGGGCAGCGAGGGCAGCCGCAACUCCAGUUACCUGGACAACCUGGAGGAGCGGGCCCUGACCAUGGGCGACCUCAUCUCCUUUGCCUGGCAGGUCUCACAAGGGAUGCAGUACCUGGCUGAGAUGAAGCUCGUCCAUCGGGAUUUGGCAGCCAGAAACGUCCUGGUAGCCGAGGGCCGCAGGAUGAAGAUCUCGGAUUUUGGUCUGUCCCGAGAUGUUUAUGAAGAGGAUUCCUACGUGAAGAGGAGCGAGGGUCGAAUCCCAGUCAAGUGGAUGGCCAUUGAGUCCCUCUUUGAUCAUAUCUACACCACCCAGAGUGAUGUGUGGUCCUUUGGUGUCCUGCUGUGGGAGAUUGUGACCCUGGGCGGCAACCCCUACCCUGGGAUUCCUCCAGAGCGGCUCUUCAACCUUCUGAAGACAGGCUACCGGAUGGAGAGACCAGACAACUGCAGCGAGGAGAUGUACAGUCUAAUGCUGCAGUGCUGGAAGCAGGAACCAGACAAGAGGCCAGUGUUUGCCGACAUCAGCAAAGACCUAGAUAAGAUGGUGGUUAAGAGCAGAGAUUACUUGGACCUGGCCGCGUCCACCCCAUCCGACUCCCUGCUGUAUGACGACGGCCUGUCGGAGGAGGAGACACCCCUGGGGGACUGUAAUAAUGCUCCCCUCCCUCGCACCCUCCCCUCCAUGUGGAUUGAAAACAAACUCUAUGGUAGAAUUUCACAUGCAUUUACUAGAUUCUAGCCACGUUGUUCCUGCUCUCUGCACUGUCCUUACUCUCUGUAAUGCUUUUUAAGAAUGUUUCUGGUUUGAAUGAAACCAAAGUCUGCUCUGAACCUUUUUGUUUGUAAAUGUCUGACUUUGCAUCCAUUUACAUUCAGGCAUUUUUUUUUAAACUAUGUUUUUUUUAAAGGAUGUGAAAAUAUGUGUGAUGAUCACAUUGCCCAGCAGCUUAAGAUGAUAGAGGAGAGGGCGAGGCAGAACUCUCAGGGGAUAUUGAGAAAUGAUGACUCAGUCAUUUCCCGGGUGGGGAUUUAGUCAUAAUACUUCUAAUUUUAACUACUGGGGUACAUUUUCCUGACCUGGGGAGGCAUUUAAUCUAGAAAGGCGGAACCAGCACUACCCUGCUUGCACUUAGAACACAGCUAGCAGCCCCCCAGGCUCUGUCUGGGUGAGUGGGGGUCGGGGGGAGGCUUGGAGGCCACCCAGUGCUAGGGACCAGCAUUGGCGGGAGGGACACACACAGACUAUUGUUUUCACAUCUUUUGUAUCACACACUGUCAUGACAGUUGUCACUUAUGAAGUCAGUGCUAAAAGCUGGAGCAAAAUGCUUUUUGAAAGAACGUAGUCUGUGGUGCUGUGGUCUUGCAAUGGACAGUAAAUAUGGUUCUUGCCAAAACUCCUUCUUCUAUCUUCAAUACUUGAAUUUUUUUUCCUGUUUCCUAACUUCAUCAUGGAGUGUUUUGAAAUCUUGGAGUCUCAAGCCUUUUUCAGCUGAGGUUGUUCCUUUCGCAUGCCUCCUGGGUCAUUGAUUCCUUGCUGGCUAGUGUUCCUUGCCAUUUGUCCCGUCGAUGCUGUGGGACCGAGCUGCGUGCACCCUUGAUUUGGAAAGAUCCUCUCCUCCAUAGUAGCCUGGAAUGGAAGACAAGUAGGCUCCUUUACGUUAGAGCACUUUAUAUAGAAGCUUCCUGCUUCAGUAAGCCAGGCAGUAAGUACAGCAAGGUGCUGAUGCGUUAUGCUGCCUGACACAAAAGAGUUAAACAGGUCACCAGAGAUUGAUCAGAUUUGAGAGUCCGAAGCUUAUAAAAGUCAAAAUUGGUAGUUUCUGGUAAGCUACAGUUACCAAGAGAACAUGUGAUAUUCCCCCCUUCUCCCAAACAUGUUUUGGAAACCUGAAGCAUGAAACCCUGCAGGCAGUUGGCCCAGAAACCAGAAGUUUGGUUUGAACCUCAAAGGGAGUUUUGCCAAGGCCUUACUGUCUGGACAUGAAGUUUGAGUUCUUCAGCACAGAACAAAUGACCUGUUUUUAUUUUUAGGCAUGUCAAACCUGAACUAGCCUGAAGAGAGUCCUGUACCACUCACGAGAGCCGCUGGCACCAACAUUGGGUGUCCGAGAUAUGCAAAUGAUAGUGUAUAUGCUAACUGGAUAGUUUCACCUUCAGCGGCACAAUUAAUGGACGCGUUUGAUAGUUAACAUUGCUUUGUGAAAAGUAAUGGACUUGCGAGGGGAAGAAACAUGCUGAGAACAGAAGGUCUGCCGGCCCCUAUUUGCACAUUUCACACUGGCUGGCAGUCUUGCCACCCAGCAGAUGUAGCACGCUGGACGGUGUAGGUGUUCCUCCUUCUUCAGCCCUCCACAGCACCCAACCGGUGCAUCCAUGAGCACCACGCACUCCGCGCUCACACGUAUGGGUCCCUCACUCACUACCUGAACUGUUUGAUUUUUUUCUGGUUGCCUCCAAACAAGGUCACAUGAUUUAAACAUGUCCUUGUUCAAAACAAGAGCCCGGCCAGGCCGCAUAGGGAUGUCAAAGCCCGACCAAGGCUGGAGGGGAAGAGGGGACUUCUGGACAGGCCUCGCUGCAACCUUCAAUAUCCUGUUUUGUUUUUUUUAAUCAUGUAACCUUUUCUUAGGAAGACAUUUGAUUCUUAUUAUGAUUAAAAUGAUCCUUAGGUUUAGCACAAUGGAGAGAUGUGAUGCCACAUUUGGUAUGUAGGUAUGCAGUGUGAGGGGAGGGGGCUUCUAGGAUACAUCUGUCCACCUGGCUGAGAGAUCACACCCCUGUGAUGAGAAGUGUAUGGAGGAGGGGGCCUUGGAGUGGAGUGGACUCAUAUCCAAGUAUUGCUGACCACAGAGACUUGGCUGCCGUGAACUCCCCAGCCUACCCCAGCACAGCCUUCAGUACCCACCCAUCCAGUGCCCCAAAGUGGCAGGGGCUCAUCUCACACGUUCGUGGUUGGUACUUGUGCUCAGUCUCAGCUAGUUAGGUUAGAAGUAGUGUCGACAAAUGACCAAGGACUGUGACACCUCUGAUGACAGUUCUGAUGGGGAAAUGACAGGGUUUUGGCUCUUACAGAGCUUGUGUGAAAAGGUACAUGUGUCCACUCUUCUUGUGUUUGUAACAUAAUGCUGCUAUGGCAAGACAUUUUUGUUCUUAGGUUCUGACCGUGACUCAUGAGCUUCUUGUCAUUCUUCACUGCUUGUUUGUGGUCACGGACACUCAGCACUCCUCCCAUCCUGUGGGGGUGGCUUUCAGGAAGUCCUCGUGGCUCUUCUUUCUGUCCCAAUGCUGUCACUUUGCAGGGGAGGGUCAGUUACCAAAACACUGCCUGGUCUUCAGACUUAAAGCACUGUGAAAGAACUUAACGAUGUCUCAUGAGAAUGCUGGAUGUUAUAGCCAUUUCACCAAAGUGGUAAAGUGGUAAAAAUUAUGGCAUUUUUGUGGCCAAGAAGGCUUGGAUGAGUUUUGUGGAGGAGCUGUGUGUGUGUGUGGUGUGUGUGUGUGUGUGCGCGCGUGCGCAUGCGCCUGUGCAUCUGUGUGUGCACGCACGUGUGUGUGUACACACCCAGGGAGAGCGCUGGAAAAACACUUCACUGCAGAUGCAACACGGCUUUAGUUGGGGCCGUUGUUCAGACGCACUGUGAUAAGUUCUUUUACAGAUAUCUAGUCAUGGUAGUAAACUUGUGGGUUUCAGAUGUACUUGAUGAUAGUCUUAUUAAAUGCAGAAGUAGGGAGAAACUUUCUCAAGUUAUUAAAAAUGCCUACUCAGUGUGAGAGGCUGUAGCAGAUUUGUCCUCAGCAGGGGGAGAACUCCAAGUCUAACUGGCUGACCCAGUGGUGGGGAGUUAACCCUUGACUCAUAACCUAAUUGUCUGUUCCUGAGUUAUCCAGGUACUCAUACUUGUUAGUCUUAUCAGACAAUUUUCAUAUGCAUAUACACAGAAGUUACUAAGUAUUUAAGUAUUACUGAGUAUUAAGUAACAAUCUGUUUUAAAAUUUGUUAAAUCUGUUUAUGAAAGGUUAUUAAAUCAUACUGUGUCAAUUUGCUUUUGUAGUCAAGGUGACUAAGAAAAUCAUUUCAGUUAUAUAAAUAAAAUCAUGUAUCAUA